GCUCACAGGUCGCCUGGAAUUACCAUCCUUUACUUUGCACCAUCGCUUUUUGCUAUACGGUUCAACUCAUUCCCUUUGUAUCGCCAUACAGCCAUCACCAAUUAUGCCCACCGCCGUAGGACCUUCCUCCUCUACGCUCACGGCUCCGGCCUCAAGCUCCGCUCCAGCAAACCCGGGCCGCCUGCCAGUCUUCUUCUUCUCCCAUGGCACAACCGCCAUGAUGGGCGAGCAGUCUGAGCCCGCCGCCUACUGGGAAGAGGUGGGCCGCAGAGCCAUCGAAUGUGGCGUGGAACGCCUCGUGUUUCAAGGAGCUCACUGGCACCCGGAUACGCCUGACUUUCUGGUUGCCACGAACCCCAAGCCGCCUAAGCAGCCCGUGGCGUGGGUGGAACCAUCCAAGUACGUCAACUUCGAGGUAGACAUCGACGUGCCUUUUUCCGAGCACAUCAUCGAGACGUUGAACGCGCAGGGAAUCUCGGCAAAGGCCGCUCCAGACUUUGAGAUCAUCCAUGACACUCUCUUGAUCCUGCGGUGGAUGUUCCCAAAGGGGCGCUCGUUGCCCAUGUCCAUCAUCUCCACCAAUGGCUUCUUCGACCCCCACAAGAACCUGGCCGUGGGCACCGCACUCUCACAUCUUCGCGAUGAGAAGUGUCUGCUCAUCGGAUCAGGGGGAGCAGUGCACAAUCUCUACCGACUCAACUACACCCAAGUCAUUUUCCACAAGGACAAUUUUGCACAGGAGAAGGAGCCGGAACAGUGGGCUAUUGACUUUGGACAGGCGGUCACGGAUGCGAUCAAGAGGUACUCGGGGCCGAAGCUGAGGAGGGCACUCGUGAGCCUGAUGGACUCGCCUCAGUAUCGCGAUGCGCACGGCACCGACGAUCAUUACCUCCCUAUUCUCUUCUCCGCGGGCGCAGCAACAGGCUCUGAGCGAGACCUGCGUCAGCCCAACCAUGUCGGCGCCGAAUGCUGGGAACUCCGCAAUAUGCGCAACACCCAGUAUCAGUUCGGUCGAUGGCCUCAGACUCCCUACUUCACGGAUCUUCCCAAGAGGGCAGCGUCCUGACCUAAGAGUCUUUGAUUGGUAUCUCAGGGGUAUUCCGAGAUUUAACGUAAUUUUACAUGUACAAAACCCGAUAUAGUGCGUGUCUCUUCUCAUUCUUCGAGAUGUACAAUUUUGUUUCCCAGUGACACCAAUCAGGCG